AUGAAGGAACAUCUUGUUGGAGGGAAAAGAAAUGCUACAAGUUGCCUAAAAGUACCAGAAGAUGUGAGAAAGGAAGUUGUUGAAUUUUGGGAUGUAAAAAAGAAAGCAAAAGAAGUUGUUGAUUUGAAUCAGUUUGAAGUGGGAGAUUAUGAAGAUGAUGAUGUAGUGGUAGUGCAGCCUCAACCUCAAACAUCUAUGUGCGGCAGUACAACUUCAUCCUUAAAGAAGCCACCAAAGAUGAGGGGUCCUAUGGAUGUUUACUUGACUGCAGACCCUGAAAUUGCAGUGAAGAAAAGGAAAGGGAAACAACCACAAAUAGAUGAAGGGGCCAAAAAGGAGCUAAGAAAAAGAGCUUGCAAAGCAUUUGAAAAAUGGAUUUUUGAUGUUUAUGUUGAAGCUCAAGGGAAAUACGGACCAGGAAUGAAACCACCUAGUUAUCAUGAGGUUAGAGUUCCAUUGUUAAAAGAAGAAGUUGAAGAUGCAAAACAAUUGAUGAAAGCUCAUGAAGCAGAGUGGGUUGCCCAUGGAUGUUCUUUAAUGUGUGAUGGCUGGGAAGAUAGAAAACAUAGGACUCUUAUAAAUUUUUUGGUUAACACUUCAAGAGGUAGCUUUUUUCUUGAAUCGGUUGAUGCAUCUGCUGUUGCAAAAACUGGAGAUAUGCUAUUCGAUGUGAUAUCUAGGUUUGUCGAGAGGAUAGGUCCAAAAAAUAUAGUUCAAGUUGUUACGGACAGUGCCUCAAACCAUAAAGCAGCUGGAAGAAUGUUAAUGAUCCGAUAUAAACACUUAUUCUGGACACCAUGUGUUGCACAUUGCAUUGAUCUCAUGUUGGAAGAUAUUUUUGGCAUUGAGAGGCUAAACAAAUGCAUCAAGAAGGCUAUGAUGUUGAAUUCCUUUAUUUAUACAAAGUCAGGAAUGGUGAAUAUGCUAAGAGAAUUUACUGGUCGGAGGGAGUUCUUGAGGCCAUCUAAGACACGAUUUGCAACAACUUUUUUUGACAUUGUCCAGGAUCAACACUCAGAAGGCUAA